GCGCCCCCAGCGCAGUGCCCGCGGCAACCGUGGCGGUGGGCUGGUGCUCUGAAGCGUGCCGGGCGCUCUCUGCCCGCGCGGGGGCACCAGAGCCCUCGGAAGUGUCAGGCACUGCGGCGCAUUUUCCCAGUUCCCUUUUAAAUGACUGCGGAAAAACAGACUCUCCGAGCCGCAAAUGCGAAGACGGAUUCUCAGACAAGGCUUGCGAAUGCCCCGCAGCCAUCAUUUAACUGCGCCCGCAGAGCAGUUACGGUUUGUCACCCGACCCUCCCGGAUCACCUUAUUUGUCCCUAGUGAGACCCUGAGGCUCAGCCCGCGCCAGGUUUCUUGGUAGCUGGAUGCAUAACGUGCUCCGGGCAACGCGGGCGCAGGGCACGCGUUUGCGCACAACCGCGCACACAUGAACACGCGCAAGAGCUGAACCAAGCCCCGGUUUCCAUUUCAAAAAGGGAGACAGCCUCUACUGCGAUCGUAGAAGAGACGGUGGUGUGAAUUAGGGACCAGGAGGCGUCGAGCAGUGGAACACUUCAUCUCAGAGACUAAUUUUCUGGAGUUUCUGCCCCUGCUCUGCGUCAGCCCUCACGUCACUUCGCCAGCAGUAGCAGAGGCGGCGGCGGCGGCGGCUCCCGGAAUUGGGUUGGAGCCGGAGCCUUGCUAGCUCCUUCACUCGCGCUCUCCGCGCUCGGUCCCCGGCGGCAGCAGGAGCCUGGACCCAGGCGCCGCCGGCGGACGUGAGGCGCCGGAGCCUGGCCUCGUGGUGCAUACCGGAUCCCUGUGCGCCCCUGAGAGUCCUAGGCAGCACCCGGCGCGCCAGGCCAUGCAGCCACCGCCACCACAGAGCUCCCAGCGGCGGUAGCGCCCCCUGUGAAGCGGCCAGCUAUGCCCCUACCGCUGUGAACUCUGCAGCCCGCCCGAACACUCUCCGCCCGGGACCCGCUCUACUUCGGACACGCUCGACUCUGAGCGCCUGCGACUAGCAACCGGGAGUCGAGAGAGCUGCAAGCGCUGAGAAGGCCUCCCAGCACAGGUGGGGGAAGCCGGCCUGGGCAGCGCGGGGACAGACACUCGGGCUGGCGCUGGCGGCUAGGCAUGUUGUCCUGGACGAGGUGGCGUGGACCCGCCAUGGCGCGGCUCUGGGGCUUCUGCUGGCUGGUUGCGGGCUUCUGGAGGGCCGCCCUCUCCUGCCCCACGUCCUGCAAAUGCAGCUCCUCUCGGAUCUGGUGCAGCGACCCUUCUGCCGGCAUCGUGGCAUUUCCGAGGCUGGAGCCUCACAGUGUAGACGCUGAGAACAUCACCGAAAUUUUCAUUGCAAAUCAGAAAAGGUUAGAAAUCAUCAAUGAAGAUGAUGUUGAAGCUUACGUGGGACUGAAAAAUCUGACAAUUGUGGACUCUGGAUUAAAAUUUGUCGCUCACAAAGCAUUUCUUAAAAACAGCAACCUGCAGCACAUCAAUUUUACCCGAAAUAAGCUGACGAGGUUGUCUAGGAAGCAUUUCCGUCACCUUGACUUGUCUGAGCUGAUCCUGGUGGGUAAUCCGUUUACAUGCUCCUGUGACAUAAUGUGGAUCAAGGCUCUCCAAGAGACUAAAUUCGGUCCAGAAACUCAGGAUUUGUACUGUCUGGAUGAAAGCAGCAAGAAUAUUCCCCUGGCAAAUCUGCAGAUACCCAAUUGUGGUUUGCCAUCUGCAAAUUUGGCUGCACCUAACCUCACCGUGGAGGAAGGAAAGUCUAUCACGUUAUCUUGCCGUGUGACAGGCGACCCAGUUCCUGUUAUGUAUUGGGAUGUUGGUAAUCUGGUUUCCAAACAUAUGAAUGAAACAAUCAACACACAGGGCUCCUUAAGGAUAACUAACAUUUCAUCUGAUGACAGUGGAAAGCAAAUCUCUUGUGUGGCAGAAAAUCUUGUAGGAGAAGAUCAGGAUUCUGUGAACCUCACUGUGCAUUUUGCACCAACUAUCACAUUUCUCGAAUCUCCAACCUCAGACCACCACUGGUGCAUUCCAUUCACUGUGAAAGGCAACCCCAAACCAGCGCUUCAGUGGUUCUAUAAUGGGGCAAUAUUGAAUGAGUCCAAAUACAUCUGUACUAAAAUACAUGUUACCAAUCACACGGAAUACCAUGGCUGCCUCCAGCUGGAUAAUCCUACUCACAUGAACAAUGGGGACUACACUCUAAUAGCCAAGAAUGAGUAUGGGAAGGAUGAGAAACAGAUUUCUGCUCACUUCAUGGGCUGGCCUGGAAUUGAUGAUGGUGCAAACCCGAAUUAUCCUGAUGUGAUUUAUGAAGAUUAUGGCACCGUAGCAAAUGAUGUUGAUGACACUACCAACAGAAGUAAUGAAAUCCCUUCCACUGGUGUCGCUGACCCAACUGGUCGGGAACAUCUCUCGGUGUAUGCUGUGGUGGUAAUUGCAUCUGUGGUGGGAUUUUGUCUGCUAGUAAUGCUGUUUCUUCUUAAGUUGGCAAGACACUCCAAGUUUGGCAUGAAAGGUUUUGUUUUGUUUCAUAAGAUCCCACUGGAUGGGUAGCUGAAAUAAAGAAAAAGACAGAGAAAGGGGCUGUGGUGCUUGUUGGUUGAUGCUGCCCUGUUAGCUGGACUCUUGGGACUACUGUUGGCUUCUCCCAGGAAGCACUGCUUUUGGGGGGUUUCUGGUAGAUGUGGGCAGUGUAUGGAGGAAGUACAGUGAGAGACCUGCGUAUGUUGUGAACGGUGAUUCGGGAGCACCAGUGCAGAGGCAGCUCCCAGGCAGCUCAGCAGCACCUCAAGAACACAUCUUACAUUAAUGCUUCUCUUCUGUUUUAAUAAUAAUUCAAAUACAAAAUUGAAAUGAAAUUCCAUUGGAUUGUGCUUCUCUUCUGAAAAGUGUGCUGUUUGACCAUACUGGAAAUGUAUUGAUUUUAAUUGUUUCUGUUUAUUAAAAGGUAAACUGCAACAUUAAAAAAAAAAAUCUAAAGUUGAGGUCAGGUAUAUAAGUGCUCACUAAAUAAUCUAAUCUACAUUUAAUACAUGUUUUAGUAUCAUUUUCUCUUCUCUAAUCAGUACUGAAUUCAGAGAGUUUGAUUUUCCAUUUACAACACCAUGACUAAAAGAGUGAAGGUCAUAUACAUCAUUGCUUGGGGGACUUAAUGGGGUCAUUGAAAGGUAUUUUUCUUUCACUGGCAAUGAAAGCCAAACUUUUAGGUAAGGUCUCAGAAUCAAGCAAAGCUAGUGAUUGCCUUAAGCUCAUCAGCUGGCAAAGAAGCAGCAGCUGUUUGGUGGGGCUAUAGAUUGAAGUUGGGCAUAGUCAGUGGCAGAAUAACAAAAAGAAUGAAAUAUAUGCAUAUGGUGAAAUUACAACCUUGCCCCUUUUUAUUUGCCCUCUGUGAUCCGCCUGCUUUUUAGAAGUCGGCUGAGUGAGAAGGCCACAGCUUCUCAUGCUGUUUGCCUUACAGGAUUGCAGCUUUUCUAUUCUGAAAAGGCCUGGGAGCAGAAUGGCUGGCCUGCUGUGAGCAGGAGAGGAGGUUCUAAGAUGGAUAGUCCUGCUACAACAUACUGCCCUAUUUCAUGUGUAGGAAAGCUCGUAUCAACCCCAGUAGCAAAGAGGUGGCAGGUUGCUAAUGCAUAUGUGCUUUAUAAUGUCCUCCUUCAUUGCUGAGAGGGCAACCUCAGAGCUACAAUUCCUGUAUCCCCCGGAGUCUGACCCUGAACACCUGUUUCAUUCAUUUCACCAUGACAGUGACCUUCGUGUGCUCUGGUCCCUCUGCACCAGGCAGUACCCUCACCCUGAAGACAGGUUUGCUGUUCCCCCAGCCCACCCCACCUCCAACCUUUCUCAUUAUGGGGACUCAGGAGCAAGGCCCUGGAGCAUUUCAUCUGAAAACACAAUCAGCUCUGAUGUGUUAGACAUGGCAUGUGUGUGCUGUGGCAGAAUUGGAAACUUAUUGACAUUUAAAAAAAUUCUUCCUUGGGGAGGAAGUAGUUGCUCACAUUCUGCAGCUUAGCUUUAUGGAUUUAUAGAUUUUAACUAGUCCAACGUAUUUUGAAACAUUGUUUUGAAUCCUGUGUGAACCUAGGCAUUAGUCUUAAUAAACCAUGAUCCAUUUAGGUACCACUUGAUAUAAAAAGAAUAUCCAUAAUGAAUAUUUUAUACUGUAUCUUUUACAUUAGCCACUAAAUACGUUAUUGCUCAAUGUGGACCUUUCACAGAGUCCUAUGGAUUACAGCACUUAAUUUGGCUUCUCCAUCCCCAUGCCUUAAAGAAGGACAUUUUCUCCAAAGCAUAAACGUGCUGCUAGUUCUCAAAAGUUGUCUUUCCAACUGCAUUCAAGUGUAAGGGCAGCUGGCGCUUGGUCCGAGGGGGGUCCCAAUAUUCUCCAAAUUCUCAUUUUCUUGUUUGCUGCUAAAUGACAGUUCCUGUCACUACUAAGAUUUCGAUCUUUCCCAAAGGUGUUGAUUUACAAAGAGGCCAGCUAAUAGCAGAAAUCCUGACCUCUCGAAGAAAAAUGAAAUUCAAACUGUGAGCGAGGCAGGGGUUCAGUAUGGCAAGGGUUCUUAAAUAUCGGCCAUUUGGCACAAUUUUUUUUAAGCUUUUAUGCUAUUCCAUGGAGCCAUAAAAAGGUGAUGGAUUGUUUAAAACUAUUUUACAAGCUUCAUAGGCCCAAAAGAAGAAAAAAAGAAGAAUAUUUGUAUUCAACAGCUAGAAGGAUUGCAGGGUAGGUUUUUGUUUUAAAAUGGAAAGAAGUGGACAGAUAAGGCAAUUUAAUAUAUCCAAGAUCAGUUGACAUCUCCUAGGGAACAGUGAAAACAGCAGGCUAUUAGAAAAUUGUUUCAUAUGGUUCUUGAGUUCUUUUCUUUUUUCUCUUAAUGCUUAAAGACCACAAUCAGUAACAUAGCUUCUCUUUUCUGCACUCUAGCUUCACUCCCUUUCAUCCCUUUACUUUUUAUGUCCCCCAUAAGAUUUGUGCUUUCUUUUAGAGCUUCCCACGGCAGGCAUUGUGUUUUUGUGGCAUUAGAAAAGGAGAGGGGGGCAUUUUUGCUGAAAUCAAGUCUGUCAUCCUCCAACAAGGAUGUGGCACCUCAGUGCCAGGGAGGUGUUCUAAAUGAACAAAGGGGUCGGGGGAGCCAACACCCACUCCUCUAGAGGGGCAACUGUCUCCAGCCCCAGCCAACUGUGCCCCAUGAGAAUGGGGGCCCAGGUUUCUAAAUCUUAUGUUUUUUUUGUUUGUUUGUUUUUUUCAAUUCUUCUGAUUCUUUAAAAGAAACACAAAACCCGGGAUUUUUAUGUGAAAUGUCCCUAUUGCUUUUUUUUUUAGAGACAGAGUCACUGUGUCGCCCUUGGUAGAGUGCCAUGGUGUCACAGCUCACAGCAACCUCUAGCUCUUGGGCUUAGGCAAUUCUCUUGCCUCAGCCUCCCAAGUAGCUGGGACUACAGGCGCCCACCACAAUGCCCGGCUAUUUUUUUGUUGCUGUUUGGCUGGGGCUGGGUUUGAACCUGCCACCUUCAGUAUAUGGGUCCGGUGCCCUACUCACUGAGCCACAGGUACUGCCCCAAUGUCCUUAUUGUUAAAAUGUUGGCUCAGUUAAUUUUAAAACAUUUUAUGGGCCAACAAAACAUGUCUCUGAGCUUCCAGUUUGUUGCUUUUGUCUUAAAACAUGAUCAUUGUUCUCUCAUUCUAUCCUUCUGUUUUUCCUUUGCAAAUUUACUCUUCUUUCUUCCUGACAAUGCUGUGGAGGGCUUUAUUGCAACAAGCUAUGAAAUGAAGUUUAGCAACCUAGUCACCUGCAGUGCGUGGUUUCCUGUGACUCCCACCCCACUGCGACCCUGGGCCCUUUCACCUUGCUGGGAAUUUUCCUGCAACAUUGUCUCCCCACCAUUCCCUGAUUGGUCUCACUUCCCUGUGGCCAAAGACAUCCUAGUAAGUCCUUCCUCCUGUUUUAUCUGACACUAAUUCCUUUUCACCAGCACCCUUGUUUCCUGCCCUACUUGGGUGCCACCAGGCUUAGAUGGGAAAGUGCACAUACUGUUUUCAUGGGUGUCCCUAACAUACCAGUGUGGCCACUGGUAAAUGGAAAACAGGUAUCAUCUUCAGGAGAUGUGGUCCAGGUCCUUUAUUUUAUUCACGUUGAAUAUGGCCCCCUAGGACCUUCUCAGGCAGCUGAGAUAGACUAAGAUACACCCCCUGUCAUAGCAGGAGACAUCAACUCUGUGACAACAACAAAAGUAAAACAGUCUGAAGCUAAGGAAGAUUCCUCUCUCAAUAGGAAAAAUGAAUCUCAACGUACAUUAGAGACAAUCGAUUCAGGGGUUCUUAUUCCCAGUCUCCCAGCAGGGUCUGAUUUCAUUUCUGACCCACUGAGAUUUCUUUCCAGAAACAGGUAGGAAGGGAAGAGCUGAACAAUCCCGGCCCCUCCCACAACAUGGACACAGAGGGAGUUCGCAUUUGCUGCUCACUCUUCAAGUAAUCCUGAAUCAGAUUCACAGUGGCUGAGGCGUGCAACAUGUCAGAGAGAGGAGAGGUGACAGUCGGUGUCAUGGGGAGUAAACAGUGAAGGAGCCUGAGCCAGCAAAUCAGCUUCAUGCUGGGUGUGAGGGAGGGCAUUGGAGGGACACCUGCUUCCUCUCUCCUCUCCUUUUUAUUUUCUUAGAAUCUCUGAAUUUUGUGUUUCUCACUUACAUUCUAAAUUGACCCCACAACAAACUCAGAGGGGUUUUCUUUCUUUCUUUCUUUUUUUUUUUUGCUUUAUGGGUAGCUUUGCAGAAUUAUAAUAUACAACCCCCACCCCACGCCCUUGCAAAAUGGAAUGAAAAUAUUAGACGGGAGCUGUGGUAAGUUCCCUCCCUCCAUCGCAGGGCAGGAGGGCUCCUCCUCUACCUGCUUUGGUGCUUCCUGUCUAGAAUGCCUCCCUUGGUUGUGACCUAAUUCCUUCUCAGUACAGUAGAAGUUAAUUUCAACUUGUUUUGUCUAGAUCAGUGUUUUUCAACCUUUUUUAUCUCACAGCACAAUUGAACCUACAGUUAAACUUCAGCAGCACACUUAAGUUAUGUCAAUCAAAAAGAGAGUAAAAAAAAAAAAACAACUUAUACUGUGCUUUGAACUUUUUAAAAAAAUUAUUUAAUUAAUUAUGUAUAAAAUUUUCGUGGCACUCCCAGGAUUCUCUCAUAGCACGUACCAUGGCAUGCUGCUUGAAAAUCACUGGUCUAGACUCCAGAUCCAGAAGGAGAGCUGUAUCAAAAAAAGGGAUUCCAUACGAUAUGGGGUCUCACAGGGUUGCUGCAUCCAGCUCUGUGGGCAGGGCCAGUCAUGUCUCAACAAUGUCCCUGGAGGCUCUGGGGUCAUGUAGCUUGACAGACGUGACUCUGAGGACACUAGGACAAAAGUAGCCAUUCUAUAGAUUCUAUAAUGUGUGUGACCUGGAAACCAUGUCAGGUUAAUCCAAAGGCACCUGGGAAGCUUCGUUUAGGACUAUCCUGGACAGAUCGUGAACUUCAUUUGCUGUGAGGCUUCCAGACUGAAUUAGGUCGACAGAAUUCCCAACCCAAAAAGUCACAUGAAAAAGGCAGUUACAGAGGCAGUUUUCCACAGAGGUCAGCCCAUUUGCUUGUUUUGGUCUUCGGGGACAGAGGAACCUCCCAGUCAUCUGAUGUUGACAGUGAGAUCACUCUUAAGUUUAAUUCAGGAUAAUGUUGCAGUGUAUCCUUGGCACGGCCCUUGGUGAGCACCUAGGGUAUGCUGACCCAGCACCUCCUCCCAGCCCUCCCACACCAUUGACUAUGACCAGAAUCUUAGUUUCCACGAGGAAAAAAAAAGUAUAUGAGAAGCAGAGAAAAGAACAGAGAUUUUUCAUCACCUUUAUUUUAAGAUAGUCCAUUUAUGAAUUGAGUAUAAACAAAUACAAAAUAGCAAGAGACUCCCAAGAAAGGCAAAUCCUUGAAUUUCCCCCAUCUCAUGUUCAAAUCCGUUUGCUGUAAUCCAGAGGCAGCCUGUGAAUCAUUCUCAUGCCCUGUUUUUUCCCCUGUAAUGUUCCAGGUUCUAAAGCCAUCUUUUCACAUUUUCUGUAAAUAAUGGGUAAUCAUUUUUUACGUUUUAUUUUUAGUGCUGUUUUAACAAUGUGGAUAGACCAUAAAUGUACUUGCUGAACUCAUUCAUUUUUAACAAGCCAAUAAAGUUUUGUGAUGCGUC